CUGUGUCUUUAAAAGAUGAUCAGAGGGGCGGAGUCUGUGUACUGAACUUAGGUGUCCACAGGCGGCUAGGCUAUGUAUUAAAAAAAUCACAAAACACCGCAACAUGGGGCGCAUAAUGACAUCUGUGACAGCAGGACACUUUGAAUAAAACAUAAGCUAUAUGUAACAGGAAGGGAACAUGGGUAGAGAUGAAGAAGAAGAGGGAUACCUGCUGAAUGUUUUUAACUCACUGCUACUGAGCAUAUAAGCAGCCUGUUCUGGACUAGACCUUUUUUCAUGGAUGAUGGAUCGGCAACAGCCAAAGGACAAAACUAGGUCCGGCUACUUUGGGAAUGUCAAGAACAGGUUGGGGUCCAAGCUUCCUGCCGGUGUUAGCCAGCCUCCGGGGUUCAACCCAGGUCCAUGGAAACCAGCAUCCAGUAGCACACAGACCCAGACAAGGCCACCCAGACAGACCAGGGACACAGCAGCACACAAAGAUGCUGGAGCACCCUCUCACCAUGUUCCCUUCAUCCGAAACCCCCGACUGCGGCAGUACUAUCUCAACGAGUCUGCCUGUAUGCUGGAAAAAGCAGGAGCCAAGACACCAGAGGGAGCUGACUGCAAGGGAGGCGACACGAUCCAGCAUGAUGACACAGUGUUCAGCAUUGACUCUCAGUGUAAUGCCAACAUUCUGAACAUGACAGAAGAUAGCAAGCCGCUGUCCUCCACAUUUACCCCUUCACAACUCUGUGUCCCUGAGAGCAGGCCUUGUGCUCUUAGCUCAGCCUCCCAGGCCGCGCAGCCUGAGCGCAACCCACAUCGGGGCCUGGAGCUGUCCGCGGAUCCCCCUGCGGCCUCCGCUUCCUCCUGCAUGACCCCCGUCUCUCCGUCCACGGACGCGGAGUACGACAAGCUCUUGGACGUGGAGGCUGUGCCAAUGCCUGAUGGGGAGCUGUGUCUGCUGGCUCUCCCACCGGAGUGCUCCCAAGGGGAGGGGCCCAGCUCCAUGCAGUACCUCAAGCUGUGCAGCCGCUACAUCACGAACCGCAAAGGUGUUGUGUCUGGAAUACUGCUGGUGACAUCCAAUAAGAUCUUCUUUGACCCUUGCAAGACCCACCCACUGGUGAUAGAGCAUGGCUGUGAGGAGUACCUGCUCUCCUCUACUGUGGACAGCCUGGCUUCAGUCUCCUUCUGCUCAGACAUCUCCCACGUGCACUUUACUGACUCAACACAGAGAUGGAAAGGGAAGAGAAAGAAGAGUAAAGGUGAGAAGAGCAGUACCAAACCUCACCACGGGGAGGUGCAGAGUACUGUCUCUCAGCCCAACAAAGAGGCCUCUGACCUCAGGCUGGCCCUGGGGAUCAAUCGGGAGGGCCCGGAGGGCGAGGAGGGGGGCGGCGAGAGCCGGGACAUGGCCGAGGCCGAGCAGCAGCUGAGCGGGAGCCCGCUGGAGGGGCUGGCCCUGCAGACGAGCGGGGCGCUGGGAGCAGCCGUGCUGAGUGGCGCCGCCGCCACCUUCUGCUGUGGAGGGGAGGAGGUGGGCAGCAAAGAGGUCUUGCAGAAAGACACGCCAGAACAGCAGCAGCAGCAGCCGGGUUUGAAGCAAAAAAGAGCAGGCUCUAGACCCUCAUCAGAGAAUACGGGAAAGCUGAUGUUUGUGCGCUUCAGACACCAACAGCCUUUGCGGAAGAGGAAAGGCAUCUCUGGCCUGGAGAUCAGAAAGCCCAAGACUCCACCCCCAAGGGAUUUAUGGUUUACUCUCUCACAGGAGAGCUCUGACGAGCUGUAUGCAUACCUGAGCCAAUGCAGGCCGGACCUGUGUUUACUGGAGGGUGGGGGGGACGAGGAGGACGAGGAGGAGAGGGACGAAGAGGACUUUGUCCUGGUGGAUAACAGAGAGCCUCAGCCUGACGAGGAGAGGGAGGAGGAAGAGGAGGAGGAGGAGGAACAGGGCUCAAUCGCAAACAGCCGAGCAGGGGAAGACUGGGAGAUGAUCUCUGUGGAAGAUGAAGGAGCUCGGGGUCCAGUAGUUGUGGAUAAGGAACCUGAGGGACUGCGUGAGAUUGUGGAACAGAGCCGCAUUCUGGAGGCCUCACAUGUCCGAGAGCUUGCCAGUGAACUGCCCCCUCGGACCGUGGGGUACACGUGGCACCUAGCCUACAGCACCUCACGCCAUGGUUUCAGCCUCAAGUCCCUCUACAGGAAACUUAGAGGCAUAGACUCGCCAGUCCUCCUAGUCAUCAAGGACUCCAACGAUCAGAUGUUUGGCAGCUUCCUCUCUCAUCCCCUGAGACCGAGUGACAAAUUCUAUGGCACUGGGGAGACUUUCGUUUACUUGUUACACCCUAGGUUUAAAUGUUUCAAGUGGACUGGAGAAAAUUCUUUCUUCAUCAAAGGAGACCUGGAUUCCUUUGCCAUCGGUGGAGGAAGUGGGCAUUUUGGUCUUUGGCUGGAUGAGACCCUGUACCUGGGCCGAAGUAGCCCCUGUUCCACCUUUAAUAACUGCUGCCUGUCUGAGACUGGUGACUUCCGCAUCAUAGAACUGGAGGUGUGGACAUUCUGCUGAGGUCAUCAUCGUUUGGAUCGCCUGGAAGAGGACACGAUCUCUUGCUCGGAUCAAUGUUCUCACAGAAAAAAACUCUAAGGCACAGGCCAUACUGCCUACCUCACCUGUGCGUGAUGGUCGUGCAACCUCUUGCUUUUCAUUUCGCCGCCUAUGUUAACGGGUUAGAGCAGCCACACGGCCUGCAUCUGAAGCGCGGCUUGAGCCCUGCGGUGGCGGCGGCAGCAGUGUGGCAUCUAGAGUUCCCAUGCGUUGCCUAUUUUUCACGUGUGAGGCGCGCAGUUCUCAGCGAAAAUAGUCAAUAGAAUAGACAAAUCUAGACAGGCUGGCAGUAGCAGCGCCACAGCAGCAGCGUAGGCGGUGUGGACACAAACACACACGCACGAGCGAGCUGCAGCAGUUCAGCGAGGUAACCGUCGUGCACAGGUGAGGUAAGUGUUAUGGCCCCAUCCAUCCAUCUUUCAUGGAUGACUCCCGCCUCUCCUCCAUAGUCAUCCCCUGCAAAAUGUACACUUUUACUGUCUAUUGUCAAGGUGAAUAGAUUCUAAUAUUUAUGUGAAGUAACUGUAUGCUGUUUCCUACUCAAAGUGAACAUAUGCGACGUUUUGAAUGGCCAGAUUGCUCUGGAGAUGAUUUGGCUGGGGUGUAGGUUUCUUUUCUGUUGUAUGAAGAGCAGGUCUGUUCUUUCAUUCUUUACGCCCUGUCACUGCAGCCUUAGCAAACAAUCUUAACUUCAGACAUCGGUACUGUAUAUAAUAUUGUAUAAUAAUGAAACUGUUGGCUCUUCUCUGUGGGAUAUUAACAGCCGAUUGCAUGCUCUUGCUCCAUUUGUGCCACACUUGAACUUCAGUGAUGCAACAACUGGACUCAUCUUCCAUUUUGCACAUAGACUAGUGUACAUGUUAAGUCUCAAAGAAACCAGGCAAAACAAAAGACUUCUAACAGUGGAAAACUACCAUUCUUUGGGAACUCCACCACUAACUUCAACGACAUGAUAAUCCGCAGCUUUUAAUAUCCAACAGUUGGUUUGCAUUAGUCACCCUAUAAUUCCUGUUCAUUUGGCACUGAAUAAAUAAAAUGGACAGUGGUUCUAAA